CGAGUCCACCGAACGUGCGCGCCAAUUAAAACGACCAAUAAUUACAUCAACGUCCAAUUACGCGUAGACUGCAGCCGCAAAGCUAUGGAAUAUUAAUAUCCCCUUUAUCUAAUAAUAAUAACAUAUUAUUAUUGCAUUAUUAGUAAUUAUCUGUGAUAAAAAUCUAGCCGCAGCUGAUUUCUCAAUAAAUUUUGAAUGUACGAAAUAGUUGAUAAUAAUAUAUUUUGUUACUUGAGUAGAGCCGUUGUGGGCCCUACGCCUACCUACCUACCGAGGGGAAUUUGCGGGGCAAUACUCAAAAUACUAAGUUGAACUUCCGUCAUUGAACAGUCUGUUGAAUUGGAAAUCCCGCUUCGAAUGACACAACAGCCCGACAGGACGUGUCGGUUGGACGACAAGAGUACAAAAUACAAUCUUUAGAUUUAUUGAUGUUCAAUGAUCAACGUCUAUAGUAUGGACGAUGAAACAGAUCUCGGAGAGUCGAUGGCAUCAAACCAAGAUUGUUCGCCAAACAGCUCAUCCAGUUUGUCUAAAUCCGAUGUGAUGUCUGGGAAUCAGAUGAUUGAUAACUGGUUGGGUCUUAGUGUACAUUGCACUACCUCUAUUGAAGAUUUUUGUGAUGGAGAUUUGGAGCAACCGGACACAGAUCCAUCACCUUCCACUUCUGGACUAUCUUAUGAUUUAACAGCAUUUCCAAAAACAACAUCAGCAAUGACUAUGUUUUAUCCACACUUAAAUGGUUAUGACAUUCACCCAUUGCUUUUGAACCAAAGACGACGGAAUCAAAUGGAAUCGUCAUUUAUAGAUCCAUUGAAUUUACCACCACAUCCUCUUAUGCCUGAUGUUCCACGUCAAAUGAUUCAUAAAAAUAAAGUACGUCCAAAAGUAUCUCACAGACGAUCAGAUUUUACAAAUACCCAAUCAUUAGAUUUUGAACAACCUUUAGUCGUCGAUACAGAAAAAUAUCAUCGCAAAUCGUUUUAUUGUGUGGCAUGUAGUAAAACUUUUAAAUUUCAAACAUCUUUGUUGCGACACAAUAACAAAGUGCACAUUAGUAAGUACCAGUGUCAAUCUUGCCAUCGUGUAUUUUCAAGACAGGCAUAUCUUGACGUGCACACAUCUAAACAGGGAAGUUCAUGUUACCUGGGUAAUGGAUAUGGCAUUGCAAAGUCAAAAAAAUAAUUGUUUUCUUUAAGGAAAAAGUUAUAAAGUUUUUUUAACCAAAUAUAAUGUAAUACUUAUAUAUUUAUUUUACAUAUACAAUACUUAUAGGGUAGAAUAAAUUCAAAUCUUCACUUGUGAAGUGUGCCUCAGAAAUAAAAUAAAAAUUUCUUAUGAUUUCA